AUAGGAAUCCCGUAUAAGAUUCCAUCACUCAUCAGUUCACAGUAUCACUCUGACUAUGGCUCGUGUUGCACUCCUCGCCGUCGGGGUUUUGAUCGCCUGCAUAGCCGGCGCACGAGCCGGAUCGGAAUUCCUCGCCGACGAGAAUCCAAUCAGACAGGUCGUCGACGGUCUGCACGAGCUCGAGACAUCUAUCCUCCGAGUACUCGGAAACUCGCAGCGCGCUUUAUCCUUCGCUCGAUUUGCUCAUAGGUAUGGGAAGAGGUACGGUGAUGCUGAAGAGAUGCAGAGGAAAUUCCAGAUAUUUUCUGAGAAUUUGAAGAUGAUCAGAUCUCACAACAAGAAGGGGCUCUCUUACACUAUGGGAGUGAACGAGUUUGCUGACAUGACAUGGGAGGAGUUCCGUAAGCAUCGGUUGGGAGCAGCUCAGAACUGCUCUGCUACCAGGAAGGGCAAUCACAAGCUCACAGACGUCAUUCUUCCGGAAUCGAAAGACUGGAGGGUAACCGGCAUAGUUAGCCCCAUAAAAAAUCAAGGUUCAUGCGGAUCUUGCUGGACAUUCAGUACAACCGGAGCACUUGAGGCUGCUUAUACACAAGCAUUUGGCAAGGGUAUCUCUUUGUCUGAGCAGCAGCUUGUGGAUUGUGCCGGAGCAUUCAACAACUUUGGAUGCAACGGUGGACUGCCCUCUCAAGCCUUUGAAUACAUCAAAGCUAACGGCGGGCUUGAUACUGAUGAUGCAUAUCCAUAUACUGGAAAGGAUGGUGUUUGCAAAUAUUCAUCCGAAAAUGUUGGAGUACAAGUGCUUGACUCCGUCAACAUCACAUUGGGUGCUGAAGAUGAACUUAAGCAUGCGGUAGCAUUUGCUCGUCCAGUAAGCGUGGCUUUUGAGGUCGUUAAUGGUUUUAAAGCAUACAACGGAGGAGUUUACACAAGCACCAAGUGUGGCAGCUCUCCAAUGGACGUAAACCAUGCUGUUCUUGCUGUCGGUUAUGGAGUUGAAAAUGGAAUCCCAUACUGGCUCAUUAAAAACUCGUGGGGAGCUGACUGGGGUGACAAUGGGUACUUUAAGAUGGAGAUGGGGAAGAACAUGUGUGGCGUUGCUACUUGUGCAUCAUAUCCGGUCGUUGCAUAAUUGUUCGUGUGAAGAACAAUAAGAUAUUGCUCGUUUAAAUGUAUAAAACCAAUCGAAUCCACAAGUCGGAGAUGCAGUGGCUGUCAAAGAGUAUCCCUUCAACGGUAGUUCUGUUGUACAAAAAUAAGAUUGUUGUACUAAGAAUCAGAUAUUCGUGUCCGCUUACAAAAGCUGUGUAUAAAUUAUUACCGAUGCCUGAUAGAUUAUCGUUCAGCAGUAGAUGAAAUGGUAUUAAUAGUUUGUAUGUGUAAACAUGUUAUUGUGAACUGUGAACUUAAUUAUGAAGAACCGGAACUUAUCGUAGAGAU